AUGAGAGAGCUUUCGAAUUGCUCGUUUUGCACUCUCUCGCAUAUUCUUGUUCUCGGGUUUAUUAUCGUAUGCUUAUGGCUACCUUCCAGCGCGGCUGCUACUUCAGCUAUCCCUAAACAGCAAGAGAGAGAGAGGAUUAUCAAGCUGCCCGGGCAACCUGGAAACGUCAUGUUCUCUCAGUUUUCGGGCUAUGUCACCGUGGAUCAGAAGGCGGGGCGUGCGCUAUUUUAUUGGUUGGUUGAGUCCCCUGCGAGUGAGAAGCCCGAAUCAAAGCCUCUUGUUUUGUGGCUAAAUGGAGGACCGGGUUGCUCGUCUAUAGCCUAUGGGGCAUCGGAGGAAGUCGGGCCUUUUCGCGUGCAGCCAGAUGGACAGACAUUGACCUUGAGUCCUUAUGCUUGGAACAAAGAGGCCAACUUGCUUUUUCUUGAUUCACCUGCUGGGGUUGGUUUCUCCUAUUCAAAUACUUCAUCUGAUAUGCUCACUGGUGAUCAGAGAACAGCUAAAGAUGCCUACAAAUUCCUUAUAAAAUGGUUUGAAAGGUUCCCUCAAUAUAAGCAGAGGCCAUUUUACAUUGCUGGUGAAAGCUAUGCAGGGCAUUAUAUUCCCGAGCUAUCUAAAAUCAUAGUUCAACGUAACAAGGGUGUUAACAAUCCCAUCAUCAACUUUAAAGGUUUCCUGCUAGGGAAUCCACUGAUUGAUGAUGUUUUGGACAAUAUUGGAACAUUUCAAUUUUGGUGGAACCAUGGUUUAAUUGGGGAUUCAACAUAUUCAGCAUUGAAUAAAUCUUGCCCAUAUGAUUCUUUCCUAUUCCCAUCAAAUGACUGCUAUGAAGCGCUUGCUUUAGCAUAUUCUGAGUUUGGAGACAUCAAUCCCUAUGCAAUUUAUCAAACUCCAUGCACUGAUCUUGGGACCACCAACUUGAAAAUCCCACUGCCUUGGACAUUCAGAGGGAAUGAUCAGUGCAUUGUCAAGUACACAAAAAUUUAUAUGAAUCGUUCAGAGGUGCAAAAGGCUUUACAUGCAAAUAUUACUGGAAUUUCACGUCCAUGGACUACUUGCAGUGAUGUCAUAAGAGGCAGCUGGACUGAUUCACCUAGAUCUAUGCUUCCCAUUUUCAAAGAACUUAUAGCUGCUGGUAUCAGAAUAUGGGUGUUUAGUGGUGACACUGAUGCUGUUUUGCCACUCACUGCAACACGUUACUCCAUCGAUGCUCUAAACUUGAAGACCAGUACCAGCUGGUAUGCUUGGUAUGACAACCAAAAGGUUGGUGGUUGGAGCCAAGUUUACGAAGGGCUGACAUAUGUAACAGUGAGAGGAGCAGGGCAUGAAGUUCCAUUGACCAGCCCUAAGCUUGCCUUGACUUUGUUUAGACAUUUCUUAAGUAAUGUCAUGAUGCCUCCUUCUGGAUAA